AUGGACACGCACACACACGCUAUGCACAACAUGUGCCGAUUUUGUCUUUGCCAACAGCAAGACAAACUUUUCCCUUUUUCAUUUCUGAUCGGUAAUACACUUACGGUAGAAGUUGUCCAAAAGUUGACCGGUGUACAGCAUCUAGAUGAUGAAACUUCCCAGUACGUAGUGUGUGAUGAUUGCGACGAAACACUCAAUAAAUUUGUAACUUUUCGAAAUGCAUGCUUGAAGAAUGAUAUAACCUUUUGGAGAAUCUGUAACGAACUUGGCGAAGGUACAACCGGCAUCGCUAGCCACGAAGACGUUUGUGACGAAGAAACCGAAGUGCAAGUGGACUACACCGUAUACGAUAGUACCGAAAGUGAAAUUGAAACAAGCGAAGAUAUAAGUGGUGAACUUCCGCAAGACAAACGAAGAAAGCGGAAAAAAGUCGAAGAUAAUAAGAAGCUUUGCGAUGUGUGUGGCAUCUUCGUAUUUGAAUUUAAUGCACAUAAUCGCGUGCACACAAAGGAAACUCCAUACACCUGUUCCUACUGUGGCAAAAGUAUGCGACACAAUUCAAAUUUGCUACGCCAUAUAGAUGCUGUACACCUGAAGCGAAUUAUAAAGCGUUGCGAUAAGUGUGACAAAGGUUUUACUAGCUAUUUUUCGUACGGCUCACAUAUGCGAUCCCAUCACUCGACCGAAAAACAAUACGAAUGUAAAACGUGCAACAAAAAAUUUAGUCACAACAGCAGCUUGUGGCUACACAACAGACGCUUUCACAGUGACGAAAGGAAACACAAGUGCACCGUCUGUGGUCUAACGUGGAAGACAAGGGAAUCGCUACAAACCCACGAACGGUCACAUUCGGCAGAGCAACCGUAUGCCUGUAAGCAUUGCUCGAAACGCUUUAAAACUCGAAGCGGAUGGAAAUCGCAUGAAUUGACACACACCGGAAUUAUCUUUCGUUGCCAAUACUGUGACAAAACUUACCGGUACAAAACCCUCAUCAAUGCACAUAUUCGUAACGCUCACCCGAAUGAGAUAUCCAGCAGCUAG